AUGGCACGCAAGGAACAGCAGGCCGAGAAAGAGGCCGAACAGGAGAAUAAGACGGCGCUUGAAGAACCAGAGCCAUAUUCUGAUGCCAAUUCCGAACCCCAAGGAGAGGAGGAGACGGAGACGGAGACGGAAACAGAACAGCCAGAAGAAGAAGAUGAAGAAGAAUCUGCACAUGCCGGCCAGAAGCGUAAAGAGCCGCCGACCCAUUCCUCCGUGUCCGAAGCAGCCAUCAAGGCGCCACGACAGGACUCGAGCAAUUCACCUCGUGACACGAACGACUCUGGGCCCUCGUCAAAACAGCUCCUCAAUUUCCUGCUCUCGCCUUCGGCGAUGGCCUAUUGCUUCCCCGCGGACGAACUCGAACACGCCAAGGUGUCGUCCGAGGAGUACAAGUCCUAUGCGCUGACUUCGCCGUCGAGUUUCACGGCCUUUGAGCACUUGCUCUGCGCACACAUGCUUUCAAAGCCUCUCUCGCACAAGCUGGGGAUGAGGAGCAUUCGCACGCUGCUGAACGAGCCCUUCCGGCUGAACACGCCCGAGGCGAUCGUCUCUGCGGGCGAGAAGGGGGUGUGGGAAGCCCUCGAAGCCGCGCGGACACAGCAUCGGCAGAAGACCGCGUCGUACAUCUUCCGCACCGCCGAGCUGUAUCGCGACUCCGAGUCCAUGUUCGAGCUGGCUCAGGAGGCGAACGACGACGGGCCCACCGGCGUGAUCGAGCACAUCAAGUCGACCGUCCCCGGCCUCGCCGUGACAGGCGGGGAAAUCUUCUGUCGGAGGAUCCAAUGUGUGGACGGCUGGGGCGACGCCUUGUGGCCGUUUGCGGACUCCAAGGCCAUUGAUGCGAUGCGACAGAUUGGAGUCUCUGUGGACGAUGCAGAGGCCUUGCGGACUACUCUUGUCAACCAGGUGAAUUGGGAUAAGAUCGGAAACAUGGGGCUGCAGGAAAGCAAACCCACCGGGGCACAGCUCGUCACGGAGCAUGGCGAGGCACAGGUCCAAGUAGCCUUUGUGGUUGCAUUGGAGAGGGCUUUGGGCUGCGUGCUCGAGGGCAGAGUCUUACAACUCAAAGCCGCCGCUGCGGAGGCGUAA